CACCAACCAGCCUGGGUCCUUGCGAUGGAUUUAGGGCCAGCCAGAGAGUCCAGUGGGGGCCAAGGCACUCUCUCCCCACAGGUGCACUUCAUACAGCAACCAAUUGCCCAACAGCCAGAGGUGACAAUUCUCCAGCAGAUGCUCUGGAAUCCAUCUGUUCUCCCCACAUCCAGCAGGACAGGUCAAAUGAGGGAAGAUUUGAUGGACCUUAUGAUGAUACAAAAUGCCCAGAUGCAUCAGGUGAUAAUGAACAACUUGGCUGUGUCAGCACUGGGAUAUUUUGGACACAGCCCACCUCAGCCUGCUGCUCAGGUGUCCCAUACUCCUUGGCAGGUAGAAGAUGACGACGACGACCCAGUGCCACUUGUAUUUCACCACCAUUAUGCCCCUUAUCCAAGCACCAUACCAUUCAGGGCAUGGCCGCAGCCCCCAUCUCAAUCAUCAGCUUGGCCACAGCAACAACCAACUAUUCGCCACGUGGGCCCAGACAACUGGGAGAUGAAGUUUCAAGCAACUGGGAGACAGGAUGGUAAAGUGGUCCCUCCACCCCCACCACCAAGUGCCACUGGAACUGUGACAGCUGACAUCCCACCAGCUUCAGAAUACUAUGACUUCACCGAGGAACAGAGUUGAGAUGAGAAUCCCAUCUGCUCCCACUGCAAACUUGACACUUAAUGACAUUUACUUCCACUUGGCUCUGGGGACUCCCUUCAGCACCAGGCACUGAUGAAGCAGGCUGGAGCAGGCUAUGGCAUAGAUCUCCUUGCCACAUUGCUCCCCUUGUUGGAUCAAGACCUUCCGAAGCAGCCUGUGUGCAUGAUAGGGACAUUAUGACUAUUUGUUAAGCAUAAUCCACAUGCUUGGAUUGACUAGAGUUGCCUCCAUUUCUAAGGAGUCAGGCUGCAUGUAGCUACUGUUUGUCCCCAGUCAAUGCCAAAACAUCGCCUGAAGACAAGCUCAACCUUUCCUGAACCUGCAAUUCUACCAUUCGGGACCAUGAUCUACCCUGCAGCUAGUUCACAGUCAGGAUACUGGAUUUCUUACCAAGGCACUACUGCCCUUUGCUAUAGAUCUUCUGCAGAGAAGUAUAUAAAUGCUAGAAGAAUGGCUUGCCUGUUAUACCACCUACGGCAAGUUUAUUAAUCCAGAAACAACACUGUGCGAUUCAUUGCUCUGGUUGAAGUUUUAUGUCCUUUGUGUAUGUUAAUAGACCUGUGCUCUGGUUUAAAUAAAUCUGCAUGUCCCAGCUUGGA